AUGAGCGAACGUGGUCCCAUAUCCGAUUCUCUCAGUCUCACAUAUGACACGUGGCUAUUUGUCAUCGUCAUUAUCACUCUGUUCCUGUUGAUUGUGAUUACGAUUGUGGGCAAUGGACUCGUGUUUGCCGCGUUGAUCCGUUUCACCCGGCUACGUUCUAUGUCCAAUGUACUGAUCGGAAAUUUGGCCCUCAGUGAUUUCCUCCUCGCGCUCACCAUCCUGCCCUUGUCCGCGGUGAACGAUGCGACCGGGCAUUGGCUAUUCGGUGCUUGUCUGUGCGAUAUUUGGCUUGCUGUGGAUGUGUUCUACUGUACCGCAUCGAUUUGGAGUCUGGUUGCGAUUGCAUUCGAUCGGUUCACAGCCACCACAUUUCCAAUCUGGUACCGGAGUAAUCAGAAUCAGAAACGAGUGCUAGUCUAUAUUGUGAUCGUUUGGAUUCUAUCCGGUUUGAUUUGUUUACCUGGCCUAUUGGGAUGGGGAAGCAAGGAGAUUGAUGAGAAAUUGUUCACCCCAUCAAACGGGACACACUAUCCCAAUCGAACAGUGAAACCAUCGACUAAAACACAUGUGUACGAUCCACAAACGGGACGAUACGAUUGUGUUCUAUUCACCGAGCCGCAUUAUGUGGUCUACUCGGCAAUGGGCUCGUUUAUCAUCCCCCUAAUUAUUAUGAUUGGAUUGUAUUUGAAAAUAUUUAUCGUGCUUCGAGCUCGUGGACGUUUGUUACGUCAGAAUCAUCGGGCUCGUGUGCGAUCGGUUCAGGACACAACAGUGAAAUCGGACGCUGAGUCGAGUUGUCUGUGUGCAAGCCAGUUUCCGAACGAAGUAACUCAUGGCCUGAGCGAGCCGGUGAACGGUGGUGCAAGAUUUGAAUGUUAUGAUUCGAUGGUGAAUCGCAUCGAACUCGGUCAAUCUGGUCCAACGUCAGCAGCAGUGGCCGCGGCGGCAGCCACACCACCACCACCAACAAAAACAACUGCAAAAACAACAGAAACAAUCCAUUCCAGCUUUGUUCCAAGAAUCAGCACAUCAACUCAGAUGGAGUCUUCGGUUGUACGGAUAGAUGCAUCUCCGCUCAGUAGAGAUUCGUCAGAACAAAUCAGCGAACACAGUACGUACGAUCCAUGGAUUCAUAGUUCGAAUGCCAAUUCCGGUCGAAAUCGUAUCAACUCAUGCCCACCAGAUCCCGGAGAGAGAGUACCGCGUUUGGCUAUCUGUCCACCCAGUCCGUUGGUCGGCCUAGAUGUGGACUCGACCAGUCACGAGGAUGCAGACAACGAGGAUGCAGACAACGAGGAAGAAAAUGGUUUGCCGAGCGAAAUGAAUUUCAUGCUACCCGGACACACUGGUGGGGUAUAUCAUUCACACAAUAUCAGUGGAUCGGAACAAGUUUUUUCGAAUGGACGAACCGCUAAAGAGAGCACAACACGUGUGGAAACCGCGUCGCACAUGCGAACCAGACUGUCCUUAUCCAUAGUGCGAUUAACCAGCCCCCGCAAGCCACAUUAUUCUGAACCAAUCAACGGUCAUCAUGCUACUGGACCGCACAAGAUUAAUCGAACCCUGACCAAAGACCAUGGCCAGGAUAAAUUGAUCAAUUCAACCGGAUACGUUGAAUCGUCUGUGCUAUCCGAGAUACGGGGACAAUCGGACACACAGGUGAUGCUAAGCCAAUGUCCGAGUGGUGGAGGAGGAAGUACAAACAAUCGUGAGCGUGAACUGGCACGCGCGGAUUAUCGGGAACGACGGGCAACAAAACGCAUGGGUCUCAUUAUUUUCAUAUUCAUUCUGUGCUGGAUUCCAUUCACACUGAUGUAUCUGGUUCGUGGACUGUGCGGAGAGGAGAACUGUCCGGACAUGCCGCAUCUACGCAUGUUUGUCACGUGGUUAGGUUAUGCGAACAGUGCAUUGAAUCCGAUUUUGUAUGCUGUAUUCAAUGAGCAAUUUCGUCGGGCGUUUAUUACUUUGCUUCGAUGUGAUUCCGGUCCGAAAUCGUCCAUUCGGUCAAACAGUCAUUGA